AUGGCUAGCGGAUGGAAAGCAGAUGAAGUUUUUGGAGGCGUCAUGUCCUAUACUUAUGACGACAUAAUAUGUAUGCCUGGAUAUAUUGAUUUUGCUUUAAGUGAUAUAGAUUUAACAAAUAAUUUGACAGAUGAUAUAACACUAAAAACACCUGUAAUAUCUUCUCCUAUGGAUACAGUAACAGGACAUAAGAUGUCUAUAGCUUUAGCUUUAAGUGGUGGCUUAGGUGUGAUUCAUAAUAAUAUGAGUAUAGAAAAGCAAAUAGAAGAAGUGAAAAAGGUAAAGAGAUUUGAGAAUGGUUUUAUUUUUGAUCCUUAUACGUUUUCACCUGAAAAUACUGUAGCAGAUGUAUUGGAAACAAAAAAUCGUGUUGGUUAUAAAUCAUAUCCUAUAACAGUAGAUGGUAAAGUAGGUUCUAAAUUAGUUGGCAUAAUAACAGGUGUUGAUUAUCUUUAUUUAACAAAUAAAAAUAUGAAGAUAGGUGAUAUUAUGACAACUGAUGUUGUUACAGGAAAUUAUCCUAUAAAUUUAUCUGAUGCUAAUAAAGUACUAUGUGAAGAAAAAAAAAGUGUUCUUCCUAUAGUUAAUAAAAAUUAUGAACUUAUAGCUUUAGUAUGUCGAAAUGAUAUGCAUAAAAAUAGAAUAUUUCCGCAUGCAUCUAAGAGUCAAAAUAAACAAUUAAUUGUAGGUGCAUCUAUAUCAACAAGAGAACAUGAUUUAGAAAGAGCAAAUCAAUUAAUAAAAAAUAUGAUUGAUGUUAUAUGUAUAGAUUCAUCACAAGGAAAUAGUAUAUAUCAAAUAGAUACUAUUAAAAAAAUUAAAUCGGUUCAUCCAGAUAUUCCAAUUAUUGCAGGUAAUGUUGUUACUUCACAACAAGCAAAAAAUUUAAUAGAUGCAGGUGCAAAUGUAUUACGUAUUGGUAUGGGAAGUGGUUCUAUAUGUACAACUCAAGAUGUAUGUGCUGUAGGUAGAGCACAAGGAACAGCUGUUUAUCAUGUAAGUAAGUAUGCUCAUACAAGAAAUAUCAAAACUAUUGCUGAUGGAGGUAUAAAAAAUUCUGGUAAUAUUGUAAAAGCUUUAUCAUUAGGAGCAGAUUUUGUCAUGUUAGGUAAUUUAUUAGCAGCAACUGAAGAAAGUUGUAGUGAAUAUUAUUUUGAAAAUAAUGUUCGUUUAAAAAUAUAUAGAGGUAUGGGUAGUAUGGAAGCUAUGUAUAAUAAAGGAUUCAAUUCAAAAAGUAGAUAUCUAGUUGAUGAAAGAAAAAAUGAAUAUACAGAUGAAAAUAUUGAUGAAAUAAAAGUUUCUCAAGGAGUCUCAGCUAGUCUAGUAGAUAAAGGAUCUGUUCUUAAUUUAAUUCCACAUUUAUUUAAAGCAGUAAAACAUGGAUUUCAAAGUAUGGGUAUAAAAACUAUUCCAGAAUUACAUUCGAAAUUAUAUUCUGGUGAUGUAAGAUUUGAUGUUAGAUCUUUUAAUACAAUUAAAGAGGGUAAAGUCAGUGAUAAUCUAAUAUUCAAUAACAAAAAGUUUACUUCAUAA